AUGGAGACGAAGAGGGGGAGGAGGGAGGAGGAGGAGGAGAGGAGACCUUCCAGACCACGGAGAGGAAUCUCCACCUACGGCGUGUUGUCUCCUCUCAUAUCACCACCACCCUCUUCGUCAGGAGCUGCUGCUGACGAGGACAUGCCCUUAGAACCAACAGACGGAGGAUCUCAAGAGGGAAAACGUAUCUCUGGGAGCCCAGCUUUUCGACAUUCAACAGUCCGUGACCAGAGCUCAGAGUCUCACCUCAAGCAGGAGAUAUCGUCGAUUGGUGCUCGAGUGGCAGCCAUCAAGGCUGCUAAGGAGCAGAGCGACGGUGACGUCACCACCCUCGAAAGAGCUCUCCACAACACCGCCUGGGACAGGGCCAACCUCGAGAAAGACAAGAUGGCCCAGGACGUGCUGGUAGAACGCCUGAUGGCGUCCCUGGAAAGAGAGAGGACGACGCUCACGUCCCUGGACCAGGCGUCCGCCGAGGUGGCCGAACUGACGGAGGCGCUGCAGGAUCGCGCUCGCCUCCAGCAGGAUGAACUUCAGCAGCUGGAAUUGGAGGCCGUCGGGGUAAGAAGGGCGUGGGAGGCCAACGUGUUGGUACUAGAGCGGCGUUCGCAGGAACAGAGCGAGGCGGAACAGCACUUGCAGCAGCUUCUGGCACAGCACGCGGGACUGCGGGCAGAGCUUUACAACACAAGAAAAGCCGUCAGAGAGAUGCAAAUGAAGCAUGAAGCACAUUCUGUCAGAUUGCUUUACCACGAGCGAGAGGUGACCACCAGGCGCAUACGGUUGGCAACGGUUCGAGACGAGUCCCAUCAGCUAGCUGAGCGCCACGAGGGACUGGCUAACGUUGUCGAACAUUUGGAGACUCAGCAUCGGCAAUUGCUGAAGGAGGCGCACGAGGAAACCCGCAGGCUGGAGGGCGUGUACAGGAGCCUGAGAUCAGCCACAGAACGCCAUCGCCGUCUGGAGGACCUCGCCCUCGACAAAGUGGGCGAGCACACGGCCAUAUCCAAAUCCGCAGGCAAUGUCCGUCGGCGCAUCAAAGAGAUCAGGCAGAAGUGCAGGAACCUGGAAGACGAACUGAUUGAAAGGGAACGCAGUGCAGCAGACGCUGCUCUGAAAGCAUCCGACGGAAGAGCUGCUGUUCUGGCACAGACUGCAAACAGGGAUGCUGCAAAACUCGUGGUCGAAAAACUUGAUGCUGAUAUAGUCAGACUCGAGAGUGACCUGCGCAGAGGACAAGAGAAGAUCAGCGCUAACCAGUGCGCAGUUGACAGAAUCAACAAGGAUCUCGUCAAAGCUCUCGAAAUCGCUGGUGGAAGCGAAGCCCCACCCGCGGAGAGAGAGGAGAGGCGCCUCAGGACCCUCCUUCGUGACCGGGAGGCCGAAAAAACGGCCCUAGAAGAAGAAGCUUUGACGGUCCAGCGCCAUCUUUUGGAAGCACAGCAGAAUCGAGAACGCUUGGUGCAGAAUCUAACUAGGUUGAACCAAGAACUGAAUAUCCUGAGGAGUCGCCUGACGAGGCUCGAGGGCAACGUCGAGACCGAACGCAACGGCCUGAGAGACGCCGUGAAAACCCAGCAGCGCCUGCACAGCGCCGUGGCGACCUUAGACGCAAGGCUCCAUCAGGAGAAGACGGCGAGAGAGACGCUUUCCCGAGAGAGCGACGCCUCCGAGACCCAGCUCAUGGCGAAGUUGAAGGAACUGAACGAAGAAGCAGACAAGAGGGAAAAGGAGAUGAUGAACCUGAGGAAAACGAAGGAGGAGGUUGAAGGAAAAGUCCUAGAAGCCUCUCGCAUCAGGACCGAGUGGGAGAGGAACCUAGUCGAGAUAAAGGACGCCAGGGACGCUCUUCGCAAAGAGACCGGGACAGAGGGAGACCUCCACGCUAUGAAGACUGAAAUUAACCGUAUGCAGGCUAGGUGGCGCGCCCUGGAAGCCACCCAGAAGGAACUAGCCAGCCAGCUGGAGCAGAGCGUCUCGGUCGAAGCAGCCUUGAAGGGUCGAGCCAUGGCUACCAUCGACAAACUCAGGCGGGACCCCAACUCUGCCAAGGCGACUAGGCUGAUGCAUCAAGAUAUCCUGAAGAGGAAGAUAAUCAAGUCGAAAAGGGUGUGUUUCUUGGGUUUUGUUUGA